UAGAUUUUAUCGUGGUCGCCAAUAGAACUUGAUGUAGGGAACGUUUCUUCACCUGUUGUGUAAGACGCGUCUCGUGGAGAUGUCUCGGUAUGGAUAGUUCACAAAGGCAUUGUCCCCACACCACAGCUCCAGUGUGACAAUGUAGGUCAGGUUCAAUGUAGCGUCCCUCUAAGGAGAAGGAGGCUCUGCUCGGAGCACACGCAGAUGGGACCCUACAUGUCACCCGCCUCUUUCCUGUACACAACUUCAUAGGAAGUCUGUGUGCUCAGCCAGAGCUUCACCUUCAUUUCCUCUCCCUGCUCUCCUGUCAUAUCCAGUCUCUCAAACUCAUGGACUCGACACGUCUGUGACAGCAGCUGCCGGGAGACGACGAUGAUGGGCUGUGGAGCCUCCAUAGACAUUCAGGACGCUUUGCUGACUCUCGGUUCCGCCAUCGACAUCCCCUGCCUCCGCGACGCCAUCAAAGAUGCCGUUACUUCUGUUUUGCCAAAAGUGGACAAUGCCUUUAUCUACCUGCUGGACGCCGACAGCCGGUUGGUGUGCGAUGACCCGUACCACGAGCUGCCACAGGAAGGAAAACUCAGGGAUUCUGUUCUGCUCCGGAAGAGGAUUGAAUGCAGUGGACUGACCCCGUCUGAGCUCUUGGGUCAGAGGAUGAGCAGUCUGGCAGCACCACUUCCCCCAGAUAAACAAGUGCUGAUUCUACCCCUGAUAGAACAGGACAGUGGGCGAGUCGUCUGCGUCAUACUGAUGUACUGCAGUCCGCUGAGCGAUUACGAUGAACAGAACCUGCGGACUCUGGAGCGACACAUGGUGGUGGCUUGUAAACGGGUGGUGGCGGUCCAGAAGUUACAACCGUGGCCCCAAGUCAGUCUAUCAACGGGCUCUUCUGAAAAAUCAUUGGUCAAACCAGAACCUGUUCAGAAUGAAAGUUACGAUGAACUAGACCGGAAGAUCCUGCAGUUAUGUGGUGAACUCUACGACCUGGACGCGGCGUCUCUCCAGAUCAAAGUCAUUCAUUACCUUGAAGAACAGACGCAGUCGCCGUGUUGCUGCCUCCUCCUGGUAUCUGAGGACAGUCACCAGCUCUUCUGUCAGGUCGUCGGAGAUAAAGUAUUAGAAGAAGAGAUAAGUUUUCCAUUGACAUUCGGACAUUUGGGUCAGGUUGUGGAUAAGAAGAAAUCCAUCACGCUCCAGGACAUCAGCUCUGAGGAGCACAAGCAUCUGAACAACAUGUUGGGCUUCGAGGUCCACUCUAUGCUCUGCGUCCCCGUCAUAAGUCGGGCAACCUCCCAGGUGGUGGCCUUGGCUUGUGCCUUUAACAAGCAUGGGGGAAGCUACACAGAGGUGGAUGAACACAAGAUCCAUCAUUGCUUCUGCUACACGUCCACCGUCCUCACCAGCACGCUGGCCUUCCAGAAGGAGCAGAAGCUGAAGUGCGAAUGUCAAGCCCUGCUGCAAGUUGCCAAAAACCUCUUCACACAUUUGGAUGACGUAUCGGUUCUGCUUCAGGAAAUUAUAACAGAAGCUCGAAAUCUCAGCAACGCAGAAAUAUGUUCUGUUUUUCUACUUGAGAGGCACAGCCACGAACUUGUCGCCAAAGUCUUUGAUGGAGGAGUCGUAGAUGAUGAGAGCUACGAGAUAAGGAUCCCAGCAGAUCAGGGCAUCGCGGGGCAUGUAGCCACCACUGGCCAAAUUCUGAAUAUCAAAGAUGCUUAUUCACAUCCGCUGUUCUACCGUGGCGUGGACGACAGCACCGGAUUUAGGACAAGGAAUAUCCUGUGUUUCCCCAUUAAAAAUGAGAGUAAUGAGGUCAUCGGUGUGGCUGAGCUGGUCAACAAAAUUAAUGGUCCUGGAUUUACCAAAUUUGAUGAAGAUUUGGCUACAGCCUUCUCCAUUUAUUGCGGGAUCAGUAUCGCUCAUUCGCUGCUGUAUAAGCAGGUGCGAGAAGCCCAGUUCAGGAGUCACCUGGCCAACGAGAUGAUGAUGUAUCACAUGAAGGUUUGUGAAGAAGAAACCAAGAAACUGGAAAGUAACGGAAUUACACUAGUUUCUAAAAUUGAUCAAAAUUUUGCCAAUUUCAGCUACACCCCCCGAUCUCUCCCUGAGGAUGAUACCACUAUGGCCACGCUCAGUAUGUUUGAAGACAUGGGCUUUCUCACCAACUACAAGAUUGAUCGGAUGACGCUCAUCAGAUUUUGCCUUAUGGUGAAGAAGGGGUACAGAGACCCUCCAUAUCACAACUGGAUGCACGCCUUCUCUGUGACGCACUUCUGCUACCUGCUCUACAAGAACCUGGAGCUCCUCAAUUACUUAGAGGACUUUGAAAUAUUUGCCUUGUUUGUGUCGUGUUUGUGCCAUGAUCUGGAUCACAGGGGGACGAACAAUUCCUUCCAGGUGAACUCGAAAUCUGUUCUGGCCGGUCUGUACAGCUCCGAGGGCUCUGUGAUGGAGAGACAUCACUUUGCUCAGGCCAUUGCCAUCCUCAACUCAGAAGGGUGUAACAUUUUCGAACAGUUUUCACGGAGGGAUUAUCAGAGGAUGCUGGAUCUCAUGCGAGACAUUAUCUUGGCCACAGAUUUGGCGCAUCACCUUCGUAUCUUCAAAGAGCUUCAGAAAAUGGCGAAUGAUGGUUAUGAUCCCAAAAACAAACACCACCACAACCUCCUGAUCUGCCUUCUCAUGACCUCGUGUGACCUCUCAGAUCAAACCAAAGGCUGGACGACCACCAGAAAGAUUGCGGAGCUGAUCUACAAAGAAUUCUUCUCUCAGGGAGACCUGGAGAAAGCCAUGGGGAACCGGCCGAGCGAGAUGAUGGACCGUGAAAAGGCGUACAUCCCUGAACUGCAGAUCAGCUUCAUGGAGCACAUUGCCAUGCCCAUCUACAAGCUGAUGAAGGACCUGUUCCCCCGCUCCGCCGAGCUCUACGAGAUUGUGGCUUCUAACCGAGUGAAGUGGAAUCGGGUGUCCCACAAAUUCACCAUCCGAGGUCUGCCCAGCAACAACUCGCUGGAUUUCCUGGAUGAAGAAUACGACAUUCAUGAUAGUAUGGACGAGGACUAUAAUAAACUCAAUGGUAGCCUGGACACGAAGGGAGUGAACGGAUCGGCAGAGUGACCUCACACGGCGCAGACCCCCUAUAUAUACAUAUAUCUAUAUCUCCAGUGUGAGGCCCAUCGAUUGUGCACAAAUUCUCCAGGUUGUUUUGCCGUCAGUGUGCAGUGCAAAGUAAGUUACACCAGAUGGCGCUGUGGAGCUGUCCCUGCUCGCCAAAGCCAGGGCCACGCGGAAUGAUCCACCCUGCGAAUCCCGCCUCAAAGUCGUGCGCACGAAACCUACAGAGGUGGAACAUUCCCCAAGCUUUAGAUAAUUUUCUGCAAACGAAUAAGAGAUUUAGUUAUUCGGGGUCCCACUGCUGCUGGCGUGUGAAAUGGAGCGCCGCGCCGCUGAUCUCAUCCACAUAUCGCGUUGAGUAACUUUGUAAAUAUUUUGCGUUACUGAUCUUCUUCCUAAUUCGAAUUUUGUCAAGUCUCUGCACACAUCUAAAGCUGCAUUUACUAUUCUCCCAGGUACCGCUUGGGAUUCAUCAGGACUGUGUGGAGGUCAGAUUACGGCGCAGCACCAGGGCUAGACACUACAGUGCAGCAGGGCAUGUGGUGUGGAGACACUGAACCAGCAGAGAUUAGAGAUGAGAUCCAAGGUCUUGCAGCCUGACAAUUCAUGAUGAAUUAUGAUUUCAGCUCUGGAUGUAAAAUAUAAUGGAGCCGUUCAGUUAUCGCUGCAGCUCUGGAUGAGAUUGGAGUACAAGACUUGAUGUAAUUCUAGAUCAGUAUAAAGCAAGAAGUGUUCCUUUAAAAUGCUGGUCACAGUGACAACCGCCCAUCUGCUGCAGAUGAGUAACUUGUGGGGGGUCCGUAGUCAGGGAGCCUGUCAGCAGGAUGGGUGGGGGAGCAAUGAUCCUCAAGCUCAAAAUACAGUAUCACACAGGAUAGGAUUAGAUGCACAGCUCAGCAGACAGUAUCACACAGGAUAGGAUUAGAUACACAGCUCAGCAGACAGUAUCACACAGGAGAG